AACGCUCCCCUAGCCUUUUUUUGUCGAUUGCAUGGUGCUAGUUUCUGCGGCAUAAGCGAGGUUGUCACGGGAGAAAUACCAACAUCUACAGGCUUACAAAGAUAUUUACUGACAAAUAUUUGACGAUUUUUAUUUCUUGCAGCACAUGUCAGCCAUUACACUUCCAUUUAUUCAACUCCCGGCCUCACACUUUGAGGUUGACAAUUAUUCCCCAAGGUUAGUGAGCUAGCGCGCUAGCGAUAGCCGAUUAAAGUAGUUAAGCUAACGGUAACUCGGUAGCCUCCACAUCUCUAUUUUCUCCAAUACUACAAUAUAAAAAUAUAGGGGGAUAAAAUGGCGGAAGCCGAUAAGCUGAACAUCGACUCCAUUAUACAGCGCCUGCUUGAAGUGAAAGGAUCCAGACCAGGUAAAAACGUUCAGCUGACAGAGAAUGAGAUCCGUGGCCUCUGCCUGAAGUCCCGGGAGAUCUUCCUCAGCCAGCCAAUCCUGCUGGAACUGGAGGCGCCCCUUAAGAUUUGUGGUGACGUUCAUGGGCAGUACUAUGAUCUUCUCAGGCUCUUUGAAUAUGGAGGCUUCCCGCCAGAGAGCAACUAUCUGUUCCUGGGCGAUUAUGUGGACAGAGGCAAGCAGUCCCUGGAGACAAUCUGCCUCCUUUUGGCCUACAAGAUCAAAUACCCAGAAAACUUUUUUCUGCUGAGAGGAAACCACGAAUGCGCCUCAAUUAACAGAAUAUAUGGCUUCUAUGAUGAGUGUAAAAGGCGAUACAACAUAAAGCUGUGGAAGACCUUCACCGACUGCUUCAACUGUUUGCCUGUCGCAGCCAUUGUUGACGAGAAGAUCUUCUGUUGCCAUGGAGGACUUUCCCCCGACCUCCAGUCCAUGGAGCAGGUGAGAAGGGUGAUGCGUCCCACCGACGUUCCCGACCAGGGCCUCCUCUGCGACCUGCUGUGGGCCGACCCGGACAAGGACGUGCUGGGCUGGGGCGAGAAUGACCGCGGCGUCUCCUUCACCUUCGGUGCAGAUGUGGUCACAAAGUUCCUCCACAGACAUGAUAUGGACCUGAUUUGUCGAGCCCAUCAGGUGGUUGAGGACGGAUAUGAGUUCUUUGCUAAGAGACAGCUGGUGACGCUGUUUUCAGCCCCAAACUAUUGCGGGGAGUUUGACAACGCCGGGGCCAUGAUGAGCGUAGACGAGACCCUCAUGUGUUCAUUCCAGAUCCUGAAACCUGCAGAUAAGAAGCUGUUCUACGGCGGCGGGGGCGGCAUGGGCUCCGGCCGCCCAGUCACCCCUCCCAGGAAAGCUAAGAAAUGACAGCAGUAGUCUGCUUUUUGUCCUCCGGCCCAUCCCUCCUGCCCUCUCUACCUCUCUUCUCCUUUCUUUCACCAAACAGCCAGAAAUGAAACCUAUACCCAGGGCUUUUUUUUUUUCCUUUUUUAUCUGUACUUCUUAAACAUUUAAUGUAACGAAUUGUCUGAGUGGGUGCGUGCGUGCGCGGACUAUAAACUUGUCUCGUCUGCAGGUGAGCAUUAAAAAUCGCAUGUAGAUUUUUGCAAAAAUUAUUGAAAGGUUUAUACUUUCCCCUCGCUCUGACCACUCUUCCAGUGGCCACGUUGAAACCACAGGGUCUGUCUCUAAGGUAAUUGGACUGAAAAAGCAGGGUUUUAAAGACAAUGGCAGCUUGCUGUCAUGGCUGCUUUGGCAGCCAAACUGCCUGCAGGCGCCGCGCAUACUUGCAGAGAGUAAGAGGGGGGGAGGCGUGUUUUUGUUUUCCCUGUUUCUGUACUGUAAAAUCUCAAACACAGGUGUGCGUGUGGGUCUGCUGUGUCUUGCCGAGUUUGCUGUAAUGUCUCAUUAUCUCUCGCCGAGGAGGAGUUGCAUCAUUUCCAAGCAAGCACAUGCUUACACACACGCAAACUCAAACGACUCGUCAGAUUCAUAUGAGCCAGAGCUGUAAAAAAACAAAACAAAAAACCCCCCAUACAGUUUAGGUUUGUACAGAUUUGAUUACUUGAAAGAGAUUUUUUGUGAAUUCGUUUUGUAGUCUUUCAUCAAGUUGACCAAUAAACCGAGAAUCUGAGCUG